CCACACCUAUCGUCGAGGAUCUGUUUCAGAUCCUCUAUUUCAGUCCAAAGUCAUAAUCUCUGGGAAGAAUGUCUGGGUGUUCCGUGCCCCCUCUUCCACCUCGUCCGCCACCUCCACCUGAACCUCCAUGCUCAACAGAGAACAGUGAGAAGAAGAAAAGGAAGCUGUAUCAGAUCAUAGGACUCAGCAGAAGUGCCAUUGAGGGCGAUUACACAGAGCCUAUUAUGCUUAUUCAACAAAGAGAAAGCAGUUUCAGUAAGGAUCUACAGUGGAUACUAAUGAACACAUAUGUGCCUUCCCUGGUCCAAGAUGGUCCACAGUGCGGUUUGGUGGCUUUGUGGAUGGCCGCUCACCUCCUCCAGCACACUGUUGUUGACAUGGACGCUGUUGUGCAGACUGCACGAAGGCGAGGCUUCACAGCACAGGGGGAAAUGUUCUCAGCCUUCAACAUGGCGCUACUGGCCGAGGAGGUUUGUGGAUGUAAAGCAGAACUGCUGUCAGGUGGAUUGAGUGGCAACGCGUCGAGGAUUAUAGGGCACUUGUGGGCCAGACAACCGCUUCUCAUCCCAUAUGAUGAAGACUACAACCACGAGCCGUGCUGCCGCACAGGCCACAGGGCACACUGGGCUGUAGUGUCAGGUGUUCUCCUGGGGAUGCACCAGGGAAGCGGGAACAUACAACACACUCAACGUGACCCCACCUUGCCGUGGAUUCACCUGUGUGGAGACUCCUCCUCCUCCUCCUCUUCCUCGUCAUGUCCCGCAGUCUGCACCUCAAGCCUCAGAGAGGUCUACAUCCUGGCCAAGCAGGGUAAAAGUCUUCGCUACCAGAUGUGGACUUUGGAUAGUGUUGCCGGUAGCAACCAGCAGCUGAAGACGAUGGACCCUCAGAGGUCAGCUGAUGGGACUACAUAUGUGGUUCCUGAAGGAGGAUUAGAGGUCGGGUUGGCUGGUCAGGCUGUUUUACUGCACGCCAGGACCUAGUGUGAAAAAUAUCAUAGGACAUUAUGAGACAUGUUCAAGCCCGUUCAAAUAGUAGUCAGUAUUUUUACAUGUUAAUUGAAUUAACAAAUGGUUCUUCAGCGAUAUCAUAAUAAUAUCAAAAAAUGGUCUGAACACUUGUUCGAGACAUUUAACCCGUGUUAGCAUGCUAAUGUUAGCAUUUUCAUGGGUAGACACAUAUAUAAACAUCACUAUAAUGCUACAUGUUAGUAUGCUAACAUUAGCGUAGGUUUAACCCCUAGGUCAUAUUUGUAGUUUUUAAAACUCUAUACGAUAAAAAAUAUUUUGUAUUUUUGUAAAUGUUUUUGUUUUUGCCAGAAUUGUCGGGAUCACCAUCUGGAUCCAGGAAUUUUAAAACUAUUUUUAAACUAUUUUUUAAACUAUCUUUUAACGUUGAGCAAUACCAUAAUAAUAUCAAAAAAUGGUCUGAACACUUAUUCGAGACAUUUAACGCGUGUUAGCAUGCUAAUGUUAGCAUUUUUUUGCUAUUUUCAUGGGUAGACACAUAUAUAAACAUCACUAUAAUGCUACAUGUUAGCAUGCUAACAUUUGCACGGUAGCAUGUUUAGUAUUUUCAUCGGUAGACACCAUUUUGUUAGAUGUUAGCACAGUAACAUCCGCAUGUUAGCAUUGCUAGUAUGCUAACAUAAACAUACUAAAUUUUUUGUUAGCGAUUUUCAUGAAAAACUAGCUUUCAUGAAAGAACUAACACAUGAACUCAUGGUAGGUGUUAGCAUAUUCAUGUUAGCGUACUAACAUAAUUAUACUAACAUUUUUAGCAUAUUCUAAGGUAAGCACUUAGUGCUUUUUUUGAUAGGUGUUAAAAAGUGUUUAAUCUUGGAAGAUUUUUCAAGCUCAUGUACGUAUAUUGUGUGCUAUAAAUGAGCUGAUCUUUAUGGUGCUUUUUGAGCUGUAAGUUUAUAUACUGUAUACCAGGGGUCUCAAACACGCGGCCCGCAGGACACUAGCCUUGAUAUGAAAGUUUAAUGUUAGUGCGGCCUGCGCAAGUUUGAUAUGGAUGCUGUAUGGUAUCAUGUACCCAGAAAAAAUUCUCACAUUUGAUUAAUGUUCAUGUUAAAGGUUAAAUAACUGAUAAUAGUUAUCCUCCCUAUCUGUGUGGAAGUGGUAAGGUUUUGGCUAUUUAAGUUUAAAGGAAAUAACUUGAAGGCUACCGUUUAGGUCGCUAGCUCUCUAGUUUGUGAGUUAGCAUGUGUCUCAAGACCCUGCAGUUGCGCAAUAUGUUGUAACUAAAAAGAGUAUAAAUGUGACUAUAGUCGUGUUUUGUCAUGUCUACAGGGCUCUAAUAAUGCUUUGUUAAUUUUAAUCUGAAAAAAAUAAU